GCUACUCUGUGUUCCACUGAGUGCUGUCCAGCGUUGAACUCUCUGACACUUUGUACUUUCAUUUACUUCAUACACCAUGAGCCUAAAUUUCACUUCAUACUCUACUCGUUCCUCUGGCUCCCAGGUGCCCCUGGCACGUGUAUCUGUCGGACGGAGUUUUGCCGGACCUGUCCAGCGAGCUGCCUCCACCUAUGGUGGUGCUGGUGGCCAAGGCACCCGCAUCUCGUCGGUGUCAUACUCAGGCGUGCGUAGCGGCCUGGGUGUUCCCGCCUCCUCUGUGUCCAGCUCCAUCCAGGUGAGUGGCGGCGGCACGGAUGGCAUCCUGGGCAAUGAGAAGGGGGCCAUGCAGAAUCUGAAUGACCGGCUGGCCUCCUACCUGGAGAAGGUCAGGAACCUGGAGCAGGCCAACAACAAGCUGGAGCUGAAGAUCCGUGAGGCUCUGGAGAAGAGAGGCCCUGAUGUUCGCGACUACAGCCGUUAUGAGGCCAUCCUGGAUGACCUGCGUAAGAAGGUUUUUGAUGCUACCGUGGACAACGCUCGCCUUGUGCUUCAGAUUGACAAUGCUCGUCUUGCUGCAGAUGACUUCAAAGUCAAGUAUGAGUCUGAGCUGUCCAUCCGUCAGUCUGUGGAAGCAGACAUCGCUGGUCUGAGAAAAGUGAUUGAUGACACCAACAUUGGCCGCAUGAACCUGGAGAGUGAGAUUGAGGCUCUUAAAGAGGAGCUCAUCUUCCUCAAGAAGAAUCAUGACAAUGAAGUCCAGGAGUUGCGCAAUCAGAUUGCCCAGUCAGGAGUUCAGGUGGAUGUGGAUGCACCAAAGGGACAGGACCUUGCUCAGAUUAUGGAGGAGAUGAGAGCCAAGUAUGAGAAGAUGGCCCUGAAGAACCAAGAAGAACUCAAAGCAUGGCACGAAUCACAGAUCUCCGAGGUCCAGGUCCAGUUUGAACAGAACACAGAGGCCCUCAAGGGUGCCCGCUCAGAGGCCAACGAUCUCCGAAGACAGCUGCAGAGCUUGGAAAUUGAGCUGGAGUCACAGAAGAGUCUGAAAGCAUCACUGGAAGGCACAUUGCGGGAUACAGAGCUACGCUACAACAUGGAGAUCGAGAGUCUCAACGGUAUCAUCAUGCAGUUGGAGGCAGAGUUGACACAGCUGCGCGCCAACAUCCAGCAGCAGACACAGGAGUAUGAGGCGCUGCUCAACAUUAAGAUGAAGCUGGAGGCUGAGAUUGCCACCUACAGAAGACUUCUUGAUGGUGGCGACUUCAAGCUCCAGGACGCUCUGGAGGAGCAACAGAAGACAGUGAAGACCAAAGUCAUGACGGUCACACAAACGCUUGUUGAUGGGAAGGUGGUGUCCUCAAGCACAGAGACCAAAGAGAAGGACUACUGAGCACCAGCAGUCUCAAUGCAUUCACCCUUCUCAGCAACACAACACAAACACCUCAUGGGUUAACACUAAUCCCCAACAACAGAUAUGAAAAGUGGUAACAAACAUUAUUUAUUAAGUCACCAUAUGCUCUACCAAAGUGCCUGUCUUUAAGUUUCUCAAAGCACUUAUGCAAUGAGAUAUAUCUGGAAUAUGCAAAUUAAGAUCAGGAACAUAUGAGUUAAAUUUCUGAAAUUGUCAAGACUACUUUUAUUCCUCAAAAUAAUGAGAAACAUGUCAUUUAUCAUUGAAAAAAAAAAUCCAUUCACAGUCAUCACCCUAAAGAUGUUACAUUCAAUAAUGUCUGAGUGUUGUGUUGUCCACCUGUCUUUGGGCCUGCAAUAAAAACAUUUUCAUCAGCA